GUCACAGUAAAUGGAAAGAUCAAGUGAAAAGCCUACUUUCAGUGGUCUGAAAAUCAAGCUGAUAUUUGACAAAAAGCUGUGGAAGAACAUACGGAACGAAUAGUUUGCACUCGCAGAAGACAAUAAUUGUGAUAAUUAACCCACCAUUUUGUGAUACAAAACAAGAUUUAGCCAAAGUGCCAAAAACCCUUUCACGACAUCAGCAAAUUAAUUAGAAACUGUUGUGCAGUUUAUUCCAAAGUUUUCAAUUUGAAAAAAAUACACAAAACACACAAGCAAAAUGCCUGAGCUCAUUGAACAAAGCAAAAUUAUCUCCGGCAAUGUGUGCGGUCUGCCCCAGCUGCACAAGCUCCGCCAGGACAACUGCGGCCUCUACAGCCACAUCCGUGGCAUUCCCAUCUCCUAUGGCGACGCCAACUCCCUGACCACCGGAGUCCGCAGCUUCGUGGAGGAGGGCAUCGCCCUGUGCCAGCCCGACCAGGUGCACAUCUGCGAUGGCAGCGAGCAGGAGAACAAGAUGCUCAUCAAGACCCUCCUGGAGGCGGGCACCAUUGUGGCUCUGCCCAAGUACGACAACUGCUGGUUGGCCCGCACCAACCCAGCGGAUGUGGCCCGUGUGGAGUCGAGGACCUUCAUCUGCACCGAUCGCAGGGAGGAAACCAUUCCCACCCCUCUGGAGGGCGUCAAGGGUGCCCUGGGCAACUGGAUUUCGCCCAAGGACAUGGAGUCCGCGGUGCAGCAGCGCUUCCCCGGCUGCAUGAAGGGCCGCACCAUGUACGUGGUGCCCUUCAGCAUGGGCCCCGUGGGCUCACCGCUCUCCAAGAUCGGCAUUGAGCUGACGGACUCCGCCUACGUGGUGGCCUCCAUGAGGAUCAUGACCCGCAUGGGUGCCGCCGUCCUGCGCCAGCUGGCCAAGAAGGAGGAGUUCGUGCGCGCCCUGCACUCGGUGGGUGCCCCUGCCAGCGGAGUGGUGGAGCAGCCCUCCUGGCCCUGCGACCCUGAGCGCACCAUCAUCCUGCACAAGCCCGCCGAGAACCUGAUCGUGUCCUACGGAUCGGGAUAUGGCGGCAACUCGCUGCUGGGCAAGAAGUGCUUCGCCCUCAGGAUUGGCAGCACCAUUGCCAAGCGCGAGGGCUGGCUGGCCGAGCACAUGCUCAUCCUGGGCAUCACCGACCCCAAGGGCGAGAAGAAGUACAUCACCGCCGCCUUCCCGUCGGCCUGCGGCAAGACCAACCUGGCCAUGCUCAACCCCUCGCUGGCCAACUACAAGGUGGAGUGCGUGGGUGACGACAUUGCCUGGAUGAAGUUCGACUCGCAGGGAGUGCUGCGCGCCAUCAACCCCGAGAACGGAUUCUUUGGCGUGGCUCCCGGCACCUCAAUGGAGACCAAUCCCAUUGCCAUGAACACCGUGUUCAAGAACACCAUCUUCACCAACGUGGCCUCCACCUCCGACGGUGGCGUCUUCUGGGAGGGUAUGGAGAGCAGCCUGGCUCCCAAUGUCCAGAUCACCGACUGGCUGGGCAAGCCCUGGACCAAGGACUCGGGCAAGCCUGCUGCUCAUCCCAACUCCCGCUUCUGCACCCCGGCCGCUCAGUGCCCCAUCAUUGAUGGCGCAUGGGAGGACCCAGCCGGAGUACCCAUCUCCGCCAUGCUGUUCGGAGGCCGCCGUCCCGCCGGAGUGCCCCUCAUCUAUGAGGCCCGCGACUGGACCCAUGGAGUCUUCAUUGGUGCCGCCAUGAGAAGCGAGGCCACCGCUGCCGCCGAGCACAAGGGCAAGGUGAUCAUGCACGAUCCCUUCGCCAUGCGACCCUUCUUCGGGUACAACUUUGGUGACUAUGUCGCCCACUGGCUCAGCAUGGAGAAGCGCGGCCAGGUGCCCAAGAUCUUCCACGUCAACUGGUUCCGCAAGAGCGCCGAGGGCAAGUUCAUGUGGCCCGGAUACGGCGAGAACUCGCGCGUGCUCGAGUGGAUCCUGCGCAGGAUCAAUGGCGAGUCCUGCUUCGUGGACUCGGCCAUCGGACACAUUCCCUCCGAGGGCGCCCUUAACCUGGCCGGCAUGAAGGAGCAGGUGGACGAGAAGGAGAUCUUCUCGCUGCCCAAGGACUUCUGGUCGCAGGAGGUGAAGGAGAUCCGCACCUACUUCGAGUCGCAGGUGGGCGCCGAUCUGCCCGCCAGCAUCUACCAGAAGCUGGACGACCUCACCGCCCGCGUGGCCAGCCUGUAAGGAUCGGUCGAGGGAUCGACGAGGAGCCCCCAAGCUGUCACAUCUUUACCCGC